AUGGGCUCUGUAGACACCUCGCUGCACCCCCACACAUCGGGCCGCGCUGCCCGCUUCGCAGAAGCACACUCGUCUCCAAACCCAUUGAUUCUCUACGGCGGUUGGUUCUGCCCGUUCGUCCAGCGCAGCUGGAUCACCCUGCACGAGAAAAACAUCGCGCACCAAUAUUUCGAGAUCAACCCGUACCACAAAGACCCCGAAUUCCUCAAGCUCAAUCCUCGGGGAUUGGUCCCAACACUCGCCGUCCCCCUCGACAAGGAUGGCAAGCAGCAAAAGCCCCUGUACGAGAGUCUCGUGAUCUGCGAGUACCUGGACGAAGUAUAUAACGACCCCUCUAAGAACGGCCCCGAUCUGCUGCCGAGAGAAGACGCCUACUUGCGCGCGAAAUGCCGCAUUUGGAUCGACCAUAUCUCGACCAGGAUUGUCCCCGCCUUCUACCGCUUCAUGCAACAUUCCGACUCCAAACCAUACAGUCUGGAUCAAGCAAGGGCGGAUUUCCUCAACCACAUCAAGACCUUCGUUAAAGAAUGCGACCCCCGGGGACCAUACUUUUUGGGUGAGCGAUUUAGUCUUGUGGACAUUGUGCUCGCCCCUUGGCUGUGCAGGAUGUUUCUUUUUGACGUGUACAAAGGCGGAGCAGGUGUGCCUGAGGAAGGGAAGGGAGGUGACGAUGAAGAGGUGUGGCAGAGAUGGAGGAAGUGGGCAAAAGCAGUGGGAGGAAGGGAGAGCGUGUUGGACACUUUGAGUGAAAGGGACCAGUAUGUUGAUGCCUACCGGAGGUAUGCAGAGGACACCACGCAGAGCGAGGUCGCCAAGGCCACAAGAUCGGGAAGAGGAUUGCCAUAG